GAUACAUGUGGUUGAGCAUGUAAAUAAAAAGAGAUUUAUAAAAAUGAAUGAUCAAGAAUCAGAUUCUGGAUUCCUCAGUGUUUUUGAUGUAGACAAGUUCUAUUAUUCCUAUGGAGAAAGUGGUCAGCAUGAAGCUGGAAUUGGUCCACAACAGCAUGCUGAUGAUGACACAGUUUAUUAUAACAACACCAAUCCAGUUGAGGAAAUUUCUCAUGCGUUUCAAAACCAGCUCUCAAUUACAGGAGAAUCUAGAGCUUACUAUAUCGAAGGAUGUUAUCAUGGCCAACAAUUCCCCAGUGAUGAUGGUGUCUAGUUAUGAAGAGUCUAUUUGCUUUGGACCAUCUUCCUCUAGCCACCCUGCUGAAGACAGACGUUCAAGUGGUGAAGAACCCAAUCAGGCAUCGGGAAUAAAAUAUGAAUCAUAGUUUGAUGAUGAUAACGCC